AUGCCCCGAGCUGGGCUCUGCAGCUGCUGGGGAGGCCGGGUGCUGCCCCUGCUGCUGGCCUAUGUCUGCUACCUGCUGCUCGGUGCCACUGUCUUCCAGCUGCUGGAGAAGCAGGCGGAGGCUCAGUCCAGAGACCAGUUCCAGUUUGAGAAGCUGCGCUUCCUGGAGAACUACACCUGCCUGGACCAGCGGGCCCUGGAGCAGUUUGUACAGGUCAUCAUGGAAGCCUGGGUGAAGGGUGUUAACCCCAAGGGCAACUCCACCAACCCCAGCAACUGGGACUUUGGCAGCAGCUUCUUCUUCGCAGGCACAGUUGUCACCACCAUAGGAUAUGGUAACCUGGCACCCAGCACGGAGGCAGGCCAGGUCUUCUGCGUCUUCUACGCCCUGGUGGGCAUCCCACUCAACGUGGUCUUCUUCAACCACCUGGGCGCAGGCCUGCAUGGCCACCUGGCUACCCUGGAGAGGUGGGAGGAGCAGCCCAGGCGCUCCCAGCUGCUGCAGAUCCUUGGCCUGGCUCUGUUCCUGACCCUGGGGACGCUGGUCAUUCUCAUCUUCCCGCCCAUGGUCUUCAGCCAUGUGGAGGGCUGGAGCUUUGGGGAAGGCUUCUACUUCGCCUUCAUCACUCUCAGCACCAUUGGCUUCGGGGACUAUGUUGUCGGCACAGACCCCAGCAAGCAUUACAUCUCCGUGUACCGGAGCCUGGCCGCCCUCUGGAUCCUCCUGGGCCUGGCAUGGCUGGCACUGAUCCUCCCACUAGGCCCUCUGCUUCUGCAUAGGUGCUCCCAGCUCUGGCUGCUCAGCAGGGGACUCAGCCUCAAGGACCGGGGAGCCCCUGAGAUGGAUGGGCUCCCCAGACCUCAGAAGAUCCCCAUCUCUGCAUGACAUCUCCAGGGGCCUCAGGAGC